AUGUGCCCUGGCACUCGGGACGACUACGAGAAGGACACCACCUUCGACCCGGUCGACAUGGACAGCGCGCUCGUGGCGAGGCAGGUGCCCAACAUUUCCGCGUGCCAGGCCCUGUGUGAAGAGACCAAGCACUGUUUCCAUUUCUCGUUCUGGUCGCCCAGCAUGGACACUCCAGGGCAGUGCCACCUGCAGGACAUAUUCGCCCUGAGGCAAACGACCCGGUUCGGCUUCUGGAGCGGCCCGAAGAAGUCCUGGUGCAGCUACUCGGCGGGGUUCCGCUCCAGGGCCGUCCAGCUGGUGGGCCCGAAGGGUCUGGCCUUCGACGGAAUGGGCAACAAGACGUACGUUCUGGAGGAGUACAGAUGUAUGGUGAUGGGAGGCGCGUACCAGCCCCCGAUGGUGUCGCGGAUCAUGCCAGAGCGCCCCUCGGAUGCGCGUUAUGGCGGUUCAGCCCUUGAUUGCCAGGAGUGGUGUCGGAACACCACCGGCUGCAUGUAUUUCAGCAUCGAGUACCCAAGCAAGGCGUGCAGCCUCGCGGGCCCCAACGCCAAGCUGCAGUUCCCGAUCUUCAAGACGGUCUCAGGCCCAGUGACGUGCGAGGGCACGCCGAGGAUAAAGCCGAAUUGCACGUGCCCGGACGACGAGGCCGCGGCCACGAGCACUGUGGAGGCGGAGGCCGCCAACACCACCAUUACGGAGGCGGAGGGCGACGCUUCCAUUCAGAACGCAUCCACGAAUUCGACCGCCACCCACGUUUUAGAGCCGCCCGUCCCCGUCGUCAGCGACGUGGAGCUCCUGGGAGUCCCCGUGCUGAAGCAGAUUGGCGAGACAACCAAGUCUUUACCAGCCGUAGCAACGUGGACGUUGGCAUUUGGAGCUGUGCUUGCAGGUGUCCAAGGGGUUCGCUUUGUCGUGGGAGCUCAUGUCGGUCGAGGUCGGCUUCUGGGCUCGCGCAGCAUGUCGAUCGACAGCGACCACGCAGGUUACCUCUAUAAUGCGUUGAGCACGACUGAGCCGGCCCCGUGA